GUUGGACCAAUCCCUAUUGACCUACGACAUCAUGUGACUUCUAUUAUUUAUACCCUCGUUGCCGCCUUGACGAUCAGUUGCUGCUUAUUUUCUAGAAGACAAGUGAUAGAAAUAUUUAAGAUACUAGGACAUAAAUAGCUAUGCAGAUCUUUGUAAAGACGCUUACUGGGAAGACCAUCACCCUUGAGGUCGAACCCUCUGACACUAUUGAUAAUGUGAAAGCCAAGAUCCAGGAUAAAGAAGGAAUCCCCCCUGACCAACAGAGAUUGAUCUUUGCAGGGAAACAGUUGGAAGAUGGACGCACACUUUCUGACUACAACAUUCAGAAAGAGUCCACCCUUCAUCUUGUCUUGCGUCUGCGUGGAGGCAUGCAGAUCUUUGUGAAGACCCUCACUGGAAAGACCAUCACCCUCGAGGUCGAACCCUCGGACACUAUUGAUAAUGUGAAAGCCAAGAUCCAGGAUAAGGAAGGAAUCCCCCCAGACCAACAGAGAUUGAUCUUUGCAGGGAAACAGUUGGAAGAUGGCCGCACACUUUCAGAUUACAACAUUCAGAAAGAGUCCACCCUUCAUCUUGUCUUGCGUCUGCGUGGAGGCAUGCAGAUCUUUGUGAAGACCCUCACUGGAAAGACCAUCACACUUGAGGUCGAACCCUCGGACACUAUUGAUAAUGUGAAAGCCAAGAUCCAGGAUAAGGAAGGAAUCCCCCCAGACCAACAGAGAUUGAUCUUUGCUGGUAAGCAGUUAGAAGAUGGCCGCACACUUUCAGAUUACAACAUUCAGAAAGAGUCCACCCUUCAUCUUGUCUUGCGUCUGCGUGGUGGUAUGCAAAUCUUUGUGAAGACCCUCACUGGAAAGACCAUCACCCUUGAGGUCGAACCCUCAGACACUAUUGAUAAUGUGAAAGCCAAGAUUCAGGAUAAGGAAGGAAUCCCCCCAGACCAACAGAGAUUGAUCUUUGCUGGUAAGCAGUUGGAAGAUGGCCGCACUCUUUCAGAUUACAACAUUCAGAAAGAGUCCACCCUUCAUCUUGUCUUGCGUCUGCGUGGAGGCAUGCAGAUCUUUGUGAAGACCCUCACUGGAAAGACCAUCACCCUUGAGGUCGAACCCUCGGACACUAUUGAUAAUGUGAAAGCCAAGAUUCAGGAUAAGGAAGGAAUCCCCCCAGACCAACAGAGAUUGAUCUUUGCUGGUAAGCAGUUGGAAGAUGGACGCACUCUUUCAGAUUACAACAUUCAGAAAGAGUCCACCCUUCAUCUUGUCUUGCGUCUGCGUGGAGGCAUGCAGAUCUUUGUGAAGACCCUCACUGGAAAGACCAUCACCCUUGAGGUCGAACCCUCGGACACUAUUGAUAAUGUGAAAGCCAAGAUUCAGGACAAGGAAGGAAUCCCCCCAGACCAACAGAGAUUGAUCUUUGCUGGUAAGCAGUUGGAAGAUGGACGCACUCUUUCAGAUUACAACAUUCAGAAAGAGUCCACCCUUCAUCUUGUCUUGCGUCUGCGUGGAGGCAUGCAGAUCUUUGUGAAGACCCUCACUGGAAAGACCAUCACCCUUGAGGUCGAACCCUCUGACACUAUUGAGAACGUGAAAGCCAAGAUCCAGGACAAGGAAGGAAUUCCCCCAGACCAACAGAGAUUGAUCUUUGCAGGGAAACAGUUGGAAGAUGGACGCACACUUUCUGACUACAACAUUCAGAAGGAAUCUACACUUCAUCUUGUAUUACGACUUCGUGGUGGUAUGCAAAUCUUCGUGAAAACCUUGACCGGUAAGACAAUUACUUUGGAGGUGGAACCUUCAGACACAAUCGAGAAUGUGAAAGCCAAGAUCCAGGAUAAAGAAGGCAUCCCACCAGAUCAGCAGAGAUUGAUCUUUGCAGGGAAACAGUUGGAAGAUGGACGCACACUUUCUGACUACAACAUUCAGAAGGAAUCGACGCUUCAUCUUGUGCUGCGUCUUCGGGGAGGAUUUUAAUACCCAGUUUUUACUGAACAGUUCCAUUUGAAAGAUUGUAUACAAACAUUUGAAUUUAUACAUUUGAAUUUUUAAUUCAUACAUGUGUUUUUAAACUAGUAAAGUUACUUCAAUUGAAA